AUGGCUCCAUCACACACAACUGGCAAUAGCUGCCAAACAAUCGACCUCACAGGUUCCUCACCAGAGCCGGAAGACAUGCCCCAGCAACGACCACAACAGCGGCCACAGCCAAGGCCGCCCCAAAGACUAGUUCAAAUGUACCUCAAGCCCGAGCCACGCCCCUACGGUAUGGCAAAUGUCGGGAUGGAAGCUAGGCAUCCGAUGGCUUCCGCGCGAAACCCUGUAGGGCCACAGCAGGCGCGCCCUAUCCACCCUGAGCAUAUCAAACAGAUCAUCGAGACAGCCGACCCGCGCGCUGUGCAAAAGGUGUUGCUCGACCUUUGCCAAAUGUCACCGGCCUUUUCCGGCGCCCUCGUCCGUGGACUUGCGCCUCACUCUGCAUCCGCCCAGAGCCUGAUCAGCCAGCAACGGAUGCAGUCGCAUCAGCCCAAGGUCAAGAUUCAAGAUGAGGAUGAUAGCGACGAACUCUAUGAGGCGGCGAAAAGAAACCUCGUGAAGCCUACAGUUCCGACCCCAAGUCACAACAGCUUGCCUGCACAAUCCCGCGAGAUCAGCGGAAGUCGAGCUACAUCACGGCCUCAUGGUUCUGAGUUCGCAUCACGAGUGAAGCGGGAGCCACUCAAGUUCAGACGGCGACAUGCACCUUCCUGGAGCCUAUCCACGCUCAACCACGUUACGCACGCCAGUCCGGAAACCCUCAGGCCAAUCAUCCUCUGUCAACCAGACUCCAAGGCUGUUGGCCAGAGACACGCCACGUGUGUCACGAACAGAUAG